AUGGCUCUGGUUUGGAAGCUAACCAUCCCACUGCCACCAUAUGUCAGCCUUCUACUAUUAUUUGGUUUCCUUGUCUGGGGGCUUUGGGUGACGUUUUCUGGGAAGCAGAGUAGGGAGCAGGUGGCAGCCAAGACGCACUCAGAGACUUCAAAGCAGCAUAAACUGAAAAAGAUCCAGAAAUUCACAGGUCAGAAAGAUCCUAUUCAGUUCAAGGCUAACGAAGAUCCACAGUGGGAAGACAAUCUCAGGAUGGGUUGCACUGAAGCUAACCUGACAUGCUUUUCAGGACUCCCUAUGGGGUGGUCCCAGGAAUAUGUAUGCUGGUUAAUGGACAGGAGUCUUCAACAGAUCGUCCAACACCUGGAAAGUGCAAGAUCAAGUCUUAUGGAAUUGGGUUUGCCUGAACCACAGGAUAUGAUUUCUUCUUCCACCUCCUCUGUCUUUGUGGCUCAGGAGCCUGUUCUACCCUGUUGUGACUGUAAGAAGGCAAAACAUUCUUCUGACAGUAGCAUCUCCUCUGGAUCAUCCUACGACUCCAGCCUGUCUCACCUUCCUGUCUUUUCUGAAGGAACAACUUGUCAACUCUGGAGCCACAGUUUACCUAUUUUACCUCAAAAUCAACCUCCUCCUGUGUUCAGGAACCAAAGCACAUCCCUGCCUUCUUUUAGGCUCUCAGAGCUUGGGAAAUCAAAACUUUUUCAGAAUUCGGCAGCUCUUUCAUCCUUAAGACCUCAAAGCACUUUUAUCAACUCUCUUUUUGAAUCCCCAAAUCUCCACAGACAAGAAGAGAAAACAAAGGAUGAGAGAAGGAGCAAGAGUCAUUUGACGUCAGAUCAUAGACCAAAUGCAAUUUUCAAAGAGAGACCACUACUGCCAGGGUCAGCUCCAUUCCAGCUCUCUCCUUUGGCUAGGCGGGAGUUAGAGGGACAUAUGGCUUGGAAGGUUUGUACUUUGCAGGAACAAACAGUGCCUCUGCCUGUGAGGGAAUCAUGGGCAAUGCUGAAUUAUUUAACUGAGAUACAAGGAGGAGUCCCUGAACCAGAGAAACCUCAAAUCCACUUAUCUAUGCCCAUUCAUCAAAGCACUGAGCAUAAUAUCAACAAUGAAUCCCCAGACCUUCCAUCAUUUCAGCUUCACAUGAACGUUGGAGUGGAAUCUGGAUUAAACAGAACAGAAACAAAAAUUUCACAGACUCUUAUCCCAGGUAAGCAGUCACAACCUGGGGAUGGCCCUCAAAUCCUUGGAUCCAGGCCCUUAAUGACAUCAAUGGGCACUCCACCUCCCAAAAGUUUAGGAGUUGACAUAGCUCAAGAGGAAACGACUUUACUGCCAAAGGACCCAAAACGUGUGUUAGAGCUUAGUGUAGAGCAGAGGGUCAUAGAUCUUCCAGAAAAAAGGAUACAGCAGCAUAAGACCCAAGUGACUAACGUGGAGCUGACCCCACAGCUACCAUAUCAAGUCAGAGAUAGCAUAAAGGUUACUCCACUGGCAUUACUUCAAGUCAUGGAUUCAAUGGGGAUGAUUCCAGAAUCACAGUCAGAAGUGAUAGAAACUGUGGGUUUGUUCCCACGGCCACCAAAUGAAGUCGUGAAACCAAUGGAAGCCACGGAAACAGUGAGUGUAAGCCAAAACCCAGCAUAUCAAGUCAUUAAAUCAGUGGAGGUAACCCCAGGAUCUCAGCAGCAAGUUAUGGAAUCAAGGAAGAUGACCUCAAGACAGCAGAAUCAAGUCACAGGCAAUGUGAAGGUAACUCCUAUAGCAUUGCUUCAAGUCAUGGAUUCUAUGGGGAUGAUUAAAAAAUCACAUCCACCUAUCAUACAGUCAAUGGGAAUGACCCCAAGGAUGCAAUAUCAAGUCAUGGAGUCAAUGAAAAGGACCACAUUGUUGGACCAGCAAGUCAUACAACCAGGAAAGAUGAGUCCAAGGCUACGACAUGCAGUCAUGGAAACUGUGGAAAUGACCCCAGGGCCACAGCAUAAAGUUAUGGAAUCAGUGGACGUAACAUCAAGGCCACAAAGUCAAGUCAUAGAACCACUGAAGAUUACUCCAGGGCCAAUAUGUCAAAAUGUAAAAUCACCUGAAAUGAUCGCCAGGCCAUUGCAUCAAGUGAAUGAUUACCUGGAAGUAACUCCAGUGACACUAUUACAAGCUAUGGAUUUCAUGGGGAUAAUUCCACCAACACAGUCACAUGUUAUAGAAUCUGGGGAUUUGGCCCCCAGUUCACAGUUGCAAGGUAUGGAAUAUGUUCAUUUGGCCCUACCAUCAGAGUUUCCAGGUAUAAAAACCGUGGAGUUGACUCUAAGACCAGUACAAGAAGAUAUGAAAUCUGUGGAGUUUGCCCCAAAGCCAUGGUUACAAGAUAUAAGAUCUGAGGAGACAGCUCCAGUACCAUUGCUUGAAGAUGUGAAAACUCCUCAAAUGGUAGAAAGUAGGAGGUUGAUUCCUGAGACACAGGUAGAAGACAUGAAAUAUGAGGAACUGAUCCCAGGAGCACACAUUCAAGCAGUAAAAUCUGUAGAGUUGAACCUCAAACCGAACCAUCAAGUCACAGAACCUGAAGGAUUGACCCCAUGGCAUCAAGCUUCAGAAUCUUUAAGGAUGAUCUCAGAGCCAGCAUAUCCAGAAACAGAAGCAAAGUUUACCUCUGACACUUGUCACCAUGCAAAAGAAUCUAGGGGGUUGAUACAAUCAUCUUUAGGAAAUACCCCAGGGCCACUGAGCCAAGCUUCAGAAUUUAUGCAGAUGAACUCAAUGUCAUUCCAAGGUACUCUUGAGCCAAUGUUCCAAAGUGUAAAAGCCAUGGGGGAUACUCCAGUGUCACAGCACACAAUACAAGAAUCUUUAGAGUUGGUACCAGGAUCAGAGAUGCAAAGUAUGAAAUCAAAGAUGUUGACCCCAGAGUCCCAAGGUAUGAAGUUUGUUCAUCUGAAUCUAGGACCAUAUUCAGAACCACAUCUUCAAGUUACAGAGUCAUCAGAGAUACCCCUAAGGUCAGAAUAUGAAAACACAGAAACUGUGGGGUUGGCAACAUUUCCAGUUGAAAACAUCCAGGAGGUAAUACCAGUAGCAACAUAUUCAGAAAAAGGAUCUCUGGAGUUGACUUUAGGACCAGGGAUGCAAUAUGAGAAAUCAGAGCCACUACUGCAAAAUUUGAAAUAUGUGAAGUUAACCUCUGAGUCAUCCCCAUUAGUGGUAGGAUCUAAACAGUUUAUUACAGGACGAAAACCACAUGUUAUGGAGUUGACCCCAGAGCCACAGCUCCAGGGAGUAAAGUCUAGGCAGUUGGAGCCAGAGCCAAAAUUACAAGAUGUGAAAUAUGUUAAUUUAAUUCAACAGUCAACUACUACCAGAGUGGUAGAAUCAGAGAAGCCAAUACAAGAGCCAGUGCUACAAAGCAUGAUAUCAGAGGAAUUGAGUAAGGAGGCACAGUUCCAAGGGCCACAGCUGCAUAGUGCAAGAUUUUCAGAGUUAUCUCCAGAGCUGCCACUUCAAGGAGAAAGACCUAUAGAUUUAAUCUCAGGGUCUCCACAUCAUGGUGUGAAAUCUGAUGAAUUGACCCCAGCUUCCCCAGUGCAAGAAAUAAAAUUGUCAGAUUUUAUCCCAGGACCAAAACAUCAAAGUGUUGUAUCUGUACAGUUGACUGCAGAAUCACAACCUCAAAGUAUGAAAUUUAUGGAACUAAAUUCAGGACCAUGCUUGCAAAAUAUCAGAUUUUCUGAUUUGACCCCAGAACCAAAGCAUCAAGGUUUCAAACAUGUGCAGUUUAUACCAGGAACACAGCUUCAAGACAUAAAGUCCGUAGGAUUUGUAACAGAGUCAUCUUUGCAGUUAAGUCAAGGGCUCCCAGUUGAAAAUAUGAAAUCUGUUCUGUCUGUUGAAGGAUCACAGUUUCACAGCUUGAAAUCUGUCAAACUGACCUCAAAACUACAAUUUCAAGAUGUGAAAUCUGAGGAACUGAACCUAGGGCCAGGGCAGCAAGAUGUAAAAUUUUCUGAAUUGACUUCAGGGCCAAAGCUUCAAGGUGUCAAAUCUGGGGAGCAAACCCCAGGACUACUGUUUCAUAGUGUGACUUCUGUGGAGACGACUCUAGAGUUAGGGCUUCAAGAUUCUAAAUCAGCAAAGAUGUCUCCAGGGCUUCAAGGUGUGAAACAGGUGGUGCCAUGGCUACAAGAUGUCAAAUUUUGUGAUCUGACAUCAGGAACUCAACCUCAAGGUGUGAAAUCUUCAGAGUUAAACUCAGCGCAACAACAACAAUAUGUGAAAUUUUUUGAGUUCACUCCAGAGCCAAAGAUGCAAGGAGUAAAAUCUAUGAAGUUGACCCCAGGACCUGAGCAGCAAGGGGUUAAGCCUGAGAUGUUAGUACCAGAGCCACUGUUUCAAGGUGUAAAAUGUGUGGCAGUAGACCACAUAUCAAGCUUUGAAGGUGACAUUUCAUAUAAAUUAGUCUCAGAGCCACAGAUACCAGAUGCAAAAUCUAUGGAGUUGACUCCUGGACCGCAGUUGCCAAGUGUAAACUACUCUGAGUUGACCAGAAGACCACGGUUACAAGUUGUGAAAUCUUCUGAAUUGAUCCAAGGAUCACAGUUGCAAGAUGUAAAACCUGUAGAGUGGAUCCCAAUCUCAAAGCUUCAAGGUUUACAAUCUGAGGCGCUAAUGCCAGAGCCACAGCUGGAAGAUACGAAAUCUGUGGAGUUAACACCAGGGCCACAUUUGGGAAGUAUGAAAUCUAUGCAGUUAACAUCAAAGCCACAACUGGGAAAUGUCAAAUCUACAGUGUUAACCCUUGGGCCACAGGUGGGAGAUGUGAAACCGGUAGAGGUGACCCCAGGCUCAAAACUUCAUGAUUUGAAAUCUGAGUUGUUGAUCUCAGAGUCAGAGUUGAAAGAUGUGAACUCUGUGGCCUUAACUCCAGGACAAUGUCCAAGAGGUAUGAAAUCUACGUUGCUAACCCCAAGUCCACAGCUGGAAGUUAAGAAGUCUGUGGAGAUAACCUCAGGGCCACAGAUAGAAGACGUCAAAUCUGUGAAACUCACCUCAGAUUCCAAGCUUCAAGGUGUGGAAUCUGAUGAGUUGGCUCUGGGUUCAAGAAAUCAAGGAUUAAAAACUGUGACGUUGGUCCCAAGGAUACAACUGCAAGAUGUGAAAGCUGUGGAAUUGAAACUUGGACAAAGGAUGCAAGAUGAGAAUUCUGUGUUUUUUGCACCAAGGUCAUUGCUCCAAGGGCCUCAACUACAAGGUAUGAAACCUCAGGAAUUGACUACCGAGCCACAAAUGCAAGAUGUGAAAAUUUUGGAGAUAACCCCACGUUCAAAUCCUCAAAGUUUAAAACCUGUAGAGAAGACUCCAGAUCCAGAGCUGCAAUUUGUAAAAUCUGUGAAGUUGACCCCAAGGCUAAAGAAGCAGGCAGUAAAAUCUGCGUUUGCAACCAGAAGACAAAAGUUUCAAGGAGUAAAAUCUGUGGCUUUAGCCCCGAGGCAACAGCUUCAAGAGAUGGAACUUGUGAAUUUAACUCCUGGGCCAAAACAGGUUGGUGAGAUAUCUGUAAUCUCACCAGAGCAGCAAUGUGUGAAUUCAGAGCCACUGAAGAGAGGGUCUAAGUCAGAAGAUGGGAUGUCUUGGGAGUUAACUCCAGAGCUAAAAUUUAAAGAGAGAAAAUUAGUAGAUCCCAACUUUCAGUUAGAGUUGAAAGGUAGGAAAUCAUUUGAAUUGACUCCAGAAUCAAAUAUUCAAGGUGUAAAAUCUAAAGAGUUCAAACUUGAACCACAGUUGCAAAGUAUAAAGUCUCCCAAGUUGACCCCAGGACCACAGCUGCAACAAGUGAAAUCCUCAAAGUCAACUUCAGAGCCACAACUUCAAGGUGUGAAAACUGUUGAGUUAAAACAGGAGCCAAGGCCUGAAAGUAUGAGAUGUAUUCAGUGGAUACCAGGACCUGAGUUCCAAGGUGUGAAAUCUGUAGGGUUAAAUCUUGAGUCACAAUCUCAAGGUGUCAAAUCUGUAGAGUUGACAUCUUCAAUACAGUUAAGAGAUGUGAAGUCAUCUGAAUUGCCUCUGGGGCCAAAAAUUCAAGGUGCAACAUAUAUGAAGUUCAACCUUGGGCCACAGUCGCAGAGUGUGAAAACUCCUGAGUUAUCCCCAGGACCACAGCGGCAAGAAGGAAAAUUUUUGGCAUCAACCUCAGAGCCACAGCUUCAAGGUAUGAAAACUGUGGAGUUAAACCAAAAGCCACAGCUUGAAAGUAUGAGAACUGUUCAGUGGAUGCCUGCACCAGUGUUUCAAGGUGUGAAAUCUCUGCUAAAUCUUGGGUUGCAAUCUCAAUGUGUCAAACCAGCAGAGUUGAAACCUUUGAUACAGUUAAGAGAUAUAAAGUCAUCUGUAUUGACUCCAAGGCCAAAGCUCCAAGGUAUACAAUCUUUGGCAUCACUCCAAGAACCUCAGCCUCAAGGUCUCAAUUUGAAACCUUGUCUACAGUUUAGAAGUAAGAAAUCAUGUGACCUGACUUCCAAGUCAAAGCUCUGUGAUAUAAAACCCAUGAUGUUCAAAUCUAGGCUUCACUUGCAUGAUGGAAAAUCUCCUAAGUUGAUCCCAGGACCAUGGUUUCAAGAAGUGAAACCAUUACCGUCAUCCCCAGGAACACAGCUUCAAGGUGUGAAGUCUGUAUUGCUUACAAAAGAGCCACAGUUUCCUGAGGUGAAAUCUGGGGUAUUAAGCCAAGAGUCACAAUUACAAAGUGAUAAAACUAUAGAGUUGAACUCCCCACUACACUUGAAAAGUAUGAAGUCAUCUGAGUUGACUCUUCAGACAGAGCUUCAAGGUGUGAAAUCUGAGGAUUUCAACAGUGGGCCACAGUGGCAAGGUCUAAAAUCUUCUAAGUCACCACUUGAGACAAAGUCCCAAGAUAAGAAAUUUACUGAGUUAAUCUCUGACUCACAGUUGCAAGGUACAACAUUUUCUAAAUUGACUGUGGGGACAAAGAUUCAAGGUGUCAAGUCUACAGAUUUCAACCCUGGGUCAUUGUUACAAGGUGUGAAAUCUUCUGAGUUGAUACUGGGGACAAAGCUUAAAAAAGUGAAAUCAGUGGAAUUCAAGUCGGGUCCACAGUUGGAAGAUAUGAAAUCUUCCAAAUUAAUCACAGAUAUAAAGCUUCAAGAUGUAAAAUCUACGAAUUUCAGGUCUGGACCAAACUUGCAGGGUAUGAAAUCAUCUGAAGUUAUCCCAAGGGAAAAGCUUCAAGGUGUGAAGUCUGUAGAACUGAAACCUAGUCCAAAGUUACAAGGUGAGAAAUCUUCUGAUUUGACUCUGGGGAGGAAGUUUCCAGGUGUGAAAUCUGUAGAGUUGGACUCAGGCCCACACUUACAAGAUAUGAAGUGUUCUGAGCUGAUCAUGGGUAUAAAGCUUCCAGAUGUAAAAUCUAAGCGGUUAAGUUCUAGACCACACUUUCAAGUUAUGAAAUCUUCUGAAGUGAUCCCAGGGACAAAGCUUCAGAAAGCGAAAUCGGUGUUCAACUCUGGACCAGAGACACAAAGUAAAAAAUUUUCUGAGUUGAUUCAAGAGACAAAGCUUCAAGAUGUGAAAUCCUUAGAGUUUAACUGUGGACUGAAGUUACAAGGUGGGAAAUCUGAUUUAACCCAGAGGAGGAAGCUUCAAGGUGUGAAAUCAGUGGAGUUCAACCCUGGACCACAGAGACAGGGUGAGAAAUCUGAUUUGAUGCGAGAGUGGAGGCUUCAAGAUUUGAAAUCUGUUGUUCCAUGGUUGCAAGGUGUGACAUCUUCAGAGUUAACACCAGAGACAAAGCUUCAAAGUGGAGAAUCUGUGGAGUUCACCACCAGGCCAGUGUGGCAAGAUAUGAAACCUUUUGAAUUGACUCUUGGUACAAAGGUACAAGAUGUGAAAUCUUUGGGGUUUAACUCAGCUCCACAGUUACAAGACAGGAAAUUGUCUAUGUUGACACCAGAGGCACACCUUCAAGGUGUGAAAUCUAUGGAAUUCAACCCUGAGGCAAAAUUGCAAGGUGCAAAAUCUUCUGAACAUAUAAAGCUUCAAUUAAUGAACUCUACAGAGGUCAACCCUGGUCUAGAAUUUCAGGUUGCAAAACCCUCUGAGUUGGCCUUGGAAUCAAAGAUUCAUAGUGGAAUAUUGUCUGAGAUCAGUGGUAGAAAGCAGUGGCAAGAUGAGAAAUCUGACAAGUUGAAUCCAUGGCCAGAACUUCAAAGUGUAAAAGUCAUGGUGUUCAAUCCUGGGACACAUUCGCAACAUAUAAAAUCUUCAGAAUUAUGCAAAGGGACAAAGCUUCAAGAUGUGAAAUCUUUGGAAUUCAAUCCUGACCAACAGUUGCAAGAUGUGAAAUCUUCUGAUUUUUGUCUGGGAACAAGGCUUCAAGGUAUUCAAUAUUUUGAGUUCAAUCCUGGACCACAGUUGCAAGAGGUAAAAUCUGAGUUGAGCACAGAAAUGAAGCUUCCAGAUGAGCAAUUUCUGGAAUUCAAGCAUAAGCCUAAAUUACAAGGUGGGAAAUGCUCUGAACAGAAUCCAGGGCCACAGCGUCAGUGUAUAAAUUAUAUGCCAUUCAACACUGGGUCACAGGUGCAAGAUAUAAAGUCUUCUGGGUUGAAUCCUAGUCCAGAGCUUCAAGGUAGAAAAUCUAAAGUGCUCUGCAUUGGGCCUUAUUUGCAAGGUGUGAAUUCUUCUGCAUUCAUUUCAGAACCAAAACUUCAGUGUGUAAAUUCUACUGGAUGCAACCCUGGGCCACAUUUGCAAGGCACAAACUCUUCUGAAUUAAAUUCCGUUUCAAAACUUCAAGGCAUGAAUUCUUCUAAGUUAAAUUCAGGGACAGAGAUUCAAAGUGAGACAUCUAUGGUGUUCAACCCUGGACCACACUGCCAAGGUCUGAAAUCUGAAUUGGGUCCAGGGUCAAAGUUUCUAAGUGUAGCACCCACAGAAUGCAAUCCUGGGCCACAGAUACAGUGUGCAAAGUCUUUUGAAUUGAAUCCAGAGCCAAAAUUACAAUGUUUAGAUUCUAUGGGGUGCCAACAUGGACCACCCUUGCAAGGAGCAAAAUCUUUUGAGUUGACUUCGGGGAAAACAUGUCAAGAUAUGGGAUCUGAGGCGAAUCCAGGCACAGAGAAUCAAUGUGAGACAUCUAUGGUGUUCAAUCCUGGACCACAUUGCCAAGGUCAGAAAUCUGAAUUGAGUCCAGAGUCAAAGUUUCUAAGUGUAGCACCUACAGAAUGCUACCCUGGGCCACAGAUGCAGUGUGCAAAUUUUUCUGAGUUGAAUCCAGAGCCAAAAUUACAAUGUUUAAAUUCUAUGGGUUGCAAAUGUGGGCCACACUUGCAAAGUGUAAAAUCUCUUGAGUUAACUUCAGGGACAAAAUGUAAAGGUAUGAGAUCUUCUGAUUUGAAUCUGGGGCCAGAACUUCAAGGUAUAAAAUCUAUUAUGUUCAGUCCUGUGCAGCAUUUACACGAUGUAAAAUGUGAAUUGACUCCAGGGACAAAGUCUCAAGGUAUAAUCUCAACAAAGUUCAACUCUGGCGCACAGUUGCAAGGUGUGAGUUCUACUGGGUUGAAUUCAGGGUCAGAACUUCAAUACAUAAAUUCUAUAAAGUCUAAUCCAGGGCCACAGAUGCAAGGCAUGAAACCCUCUGAAAUGAACCCCGGGCCAGAGUCUCAUGGUACAAAAUCUAUGUUGUUCAACCCCGAACCACAUUUGCAAGAUGUGAAAUCUUCUGAGUUAACUCCAGACACAAAGUUUCCAGAAGUCCAAUUUUUGGUGAACCACCUUGGGGAAGAGCAACACGUUGUGCAGUCUGUGUUCACUUUGGGCCCUCAGUUAAACAUAGGUAUGAAACCUAUGUUAUUUUUACCAGAGCAACUUCUUGAAGAUAUGAAGUCUGUGAAGAUGAACAAAGAGCCAUUGCUUUGUGGUACAAAUUCUACGAAAUUGAUUUCAGACUUUGAGCUGCAGAACUUGAAAUGGAACGUGUUUGCACUAGAGCCACGUUUUCAAAAAGUGAAAUCUGUGGAGUUAAAUCCAGAGCCACAUCCUCAAGGUAUGAAUUCUGAGGAGUUGCCUUCACACCUCAGGCCGCAGAGUGUAAGAUCUGUGGUGUUUGCACCAGCGCCAUGUUUUCAAGAUGGGAAAUCUCUGGAGUUGAAACUGGAGCCACAACCUCAAGAUGUGAAUUCUAAGAAAUUGAUUUCUUGCCUCAGGCAGAAAUCUGUAGUGUCUGUAUCAGCACCAUGUUCUCAAGAUGUGAAAUCUAUGAAGUCAAACCUAUUGCUACAGCCUCAAAGUGUGAAUUCUUUAGGGUCAUCAUCAUGCCUCAGGUCACAAUGUGUUAAAUCUGAGGUCUUUGCACCACAGCCAUGUCUUCAAAAUGUGAAAUCUGUAGAGUUGACACCAGGGUCCCAACAACAAGGUAUGAAUUGCCAAGAGUUGACUUCAGGAUUGCAAGGUAUGAAAUCAGUAGUGUCAGCACCAGAGUCAACUAAGAAGUUCAUACCAGGACCAAUGUUGACUAGUGUCAAAUUUUCAAAUUUGUCUCCAGAAUCACAGCAACAAGGUGUGAAAUAUUUGGCGUCUACUCCAGAACCAAAGUUGCAAAGCAUAAAACAUGUAAAAUCUAGGAUCUUCCAGGCAGGAUCAGGGGCUCGAAGAGGCCUUACCUGGCCUGUCCUGGGCAGGCGACGGAAUGUCUGGGAGAGUCGCUCCUGGAGGCAGCGACUACCUAGAAAAUACCUCUCCAGUAUGCUAACGCUGGGGAAUGUCUUGGGGACUAGCAUGGAAAGGAAGCUUUAUUCUCAAACAUCUUUAACAGAAAGAGCCACUGCAGAUACCUGUCAAUCUAUUCAGAAUUUAUUUGGGGUUCCAGUUGAAUUGAUGGAAUUUUCCCAGAGUCUGCUUGAGAAGGGUCAAGGUACUAUUUCUCAGCCUUCAGUGGUCAAAAACUACAUUCAGAGACAUACUUCAUGCCAUGGUCAUGAGAAAAGAAUGGCCUUAAGGAUGUGGACACGUGGCUCCAUGUCCUCCAUAAUACAGCACUACUCUGGCACUAGAGUGAGAAUAAAGAAAACAAACUCAAAGCCCUGUGAUAUAUCCCAGGAAGUCAUUCAGCACAUGCCUGUUUCAUGUACAGGGAGUCAGCUUCCUGCCCCAGCAAAGUCAGAGUCUUCCUUCAACGUAUUUUUUGCUAGGAGAGAUUCUGUUCCAGUGGAAGAGAGUGAGAACUCACAGAGUGAUUCACAGACAAGGAUUUUUGAGUCCCAACACUCCCUCAAGCCAAGUUAUCUUCCCCAGGCCAAGUCUGACUUCUCAGAACAGUUCCAGCUUCUACAAGAUCUGCAGCUAAAAAUAGCAGCAAAACUGUUAAGGAGUCAAAUACCCCCCAACGUACCUCCACCUUUAGCUUCAGGUCUGGUUCUAAAAUACCCUAUCUGCCUACAGUGUGGCCGAUGUUCAGGAUUUAAUUGCUGCCAUAAAUUACAGGCCACGUUUGGAACUUACCUUCUUAUCUAUCCACAGCUUCACCUUGUAAGCACUCCUGAAGGCCAUGGAGAGAUCAGGUUGCGUCUUGGCUUUAGGUUGCAAACUGGGAAAAGACCCCAAGUCCCAAAGUAUCAUAGACGAGAUAGACCCAUCACACCAAGGAGCCUUAGAUCAACAUCACUAAGGAAAGCUAAAGGCUAUACUCAAGCUUCCAAGAGUCCUACUUCUACAAUAGAUUUCCAGUCUGGGUCUUCCCAGUGUCCUGCUCCUAUACAAGUCCACAUCAGGCGAAGGCAAGGUGGCAGCCCUGGCCUAGUAGAAAAGACAGAAAUUAGAGAGCCUGGACACUAUGAAUUCACUGAAGUUCACUCUCUAUCAGAGAGUGACUCUGAAAGCAAUCAGGAUGAAAAGUGGGCUCCUAAUUCCUCUAAGGAAUUACCAAGCCAGUUAAGAAGGAAGAUGAGUGGAGCGUCUCAGACAACUACCGCCUCUUUAAAAAGACAACCUAAGAAAUCCUCCCAACCAAAAUUCAUACAACUCCUUUUUCAGGGCCUAAAGCAGGCAUUCCAAACAGCACACAGAAUUAUGGCUUUGGUUGGGCAGAAGCCUGAGGACAGGACAAGGCGAGACUAUUUCUGGUCAAGCAAAAACUACCUUCCAAAACAAAAAGCCAGAGACUAUUGCUUAUCAAGAGAUAUCAAAAGACACAGGAUGCCAACUCUCAAGCUAAGGUCAACAGACCCAACCAUUAAGGAGGAGAGCACAUUGUGGGGAGAAACAGACCAAUUCAGAUCAGCUCAACAACCAACAGGAAAUAGCUCUUUCCAACCCAGACCUAUACAACUGCCCAAGCCCAUAGUUUCCCAAAGAAGUACCACUCUCAAAAACACCUCAAGCAGCCAGCCUUUGGGUCCUGUUCAAAAUGAGAGUAAUAGCAGAGCUAAGAAAAACUUUAACAGAAAUGAAAUCUCUAGCCAGGAGUCCAAGAACUCCAAACCAGGAACCAGAGUUUACGCUGGAGGGAGACCCUUACAUGGUUCCCCUAUGAAGAGAACCUCACACAGUCACCUUAAAGAAAAGUCCACACACAAGGAACGAAACCACCACAGCUUCUGUAGGGAAAGAAUCCCAUGGAAUUCUUCUGGAAGGAGCCAAUAUAGUCCCUCUGAGAGGGGCCACCGAAGUGCCUCUGAGAGGAGCCAUUGCAGUCCCUCUGAGAGGAGCCACUGCAGGGCCUCUGAGAGGAGAUGUCACAGUCCCCCUGAGAAGAGCCACCGCAGGGCCUCUGAGAGGAGAUGUCGCAGUCCCUCUGAGAGGAGCCAUCGCAGUCCCUCUGAGAGGAGCCACUGCAGGGCCUCUGAGAGGAGCCAUCGCAGUCCCUCUGAGAAGAGCCACCGCAGGGCCUCUGAGAGGAGAUGUCGCAGUCCCUCUGAGAGGAGAGGACACAGUGCUUCUGAGAGGAGCCACCAAAGUCCCCUCAAGGAGAGACUCAAGCACAGCUCACCUAGGGAGAGGCCCAGAUAUAGUUUGGGUAAAGAUUUCAGGAGUAACUCAAACAUGUCUCCUAGAGACCACACCAAAAAACCCCAAAGGAGGGCAAGUUUGGAGGCCUGA